CUGACAAUAACAAGCGAGUAUUCUGAACUCGCAGGAAGCUGGCCUGUUUAAAUGUUCGUGACCCAUGAGAAGGGCAUAUAAGAAGCCAUGGCACUCCCUUUUCAAAAAGAGCUGGAGAAAUACAAGAACAUUGAUGAAGAUGAGCUUCUUGGCAAACUCUCAGAAGAGGAGCUGAAACAGUUGGAAAAUGUCCUUGAUGACCUAGAUCCCAAGAGCGCACUGCUACCAGCUGGAUUCCGACAGAAAGACCAGACCCAGAAGGCAGCCACUGGCCCGUUUGAUCGCGAGCACCUCCUCAUGUACCUGGAGAAGGAGGCUUUGGAACAGAAAGACAGGGAAGACUUUGUGCCCUUCACUGGAGAAAAGAAAGGAAGAGUCUUCAUCCCCAAAGAAAAGCCCAUAGAAACUCGUAAAGAAGAAAAAGUGACCCUUGACCCAGAACUGGAAGAAGCUUUGGCCAGCGCCUCCGACACCGAGCUCUAUGAUCUUGCAGCUGUUCUUGGAGUACACAAUUUACUGAACAAUCCAAAGUUUGAUGAAGAAACAGCCAGCACUAAAGGUGGCAAAGUGCCUGUGAGAAAUGUGGUCAAAGGUGAGAAGGUCAAGCCAAUAUUUGAGGAACCACCCAAUCCUACCAAUGUGGAAGUAAGUCUGCAGCAGAUGAAAGCCAAUGAUUCCAGCCUGCAAGAAGUCAACCUCAACAACAUUAAGAACAUUCCAAUUCCAACCCUGAAGGAAUUUGCAAAAGCUCUGGAAACCAACACUCACGUAAAGAAGUUCAGCCUGGCUGCAACCCGUAGCAAUGACCCUGUCGCGAUUGCUUUUGCAGAUAUGCUGAAAGUAAACAAGACCUUGAAAAGCCUAAACAUCGAAUCCAAUUUUAUCACUGGGACCGGGAUCCUGGCCCUGGUGGAGGCAUUGAGAGAGAAUGACACCCUGACAGAGAUCAAGAUCGACAACCAGAGACAGCAGUUGGGAACAGCUGUGGAGAUGGAAAUUGCCCAGAUGCUCGAGGAGAAUUCAAGGAUCCUCAAGUUUGGCUAUCAAUUUACCAAGCAAGGGCCUCGGACAAGGGUGGCAGCCGCCAUCACAAAGAAUAAUGACCUGGUUCGUAAAAAGCGAGUUGAAGGAGACCGAAGGUAAACUUCCGCAAGAGGAGGCAAAGUUGCACCAUGGUGGCCAUUUAAAAAUAAGCAAGCAAAAACUCUUCUCCUUUCCGAUCAGGACCAUUUUAUCCAAGGUUGUGCAUUUCCGUUAACCACCCAGCUAAUCAUUUAAUUCUUGUUCUUUUUUAGCACUACUUAUUUAUCUUGGAUUUUUUAAUAUAUACAAUUGUCUCAUUUGCUCACGGGCACUUCUGGCAACUCACACCAGUGGACUUCAGCAGAUCUUAGUGGGUAACAGCAAUUGAAAAUUACUUAACCACUUUCAUAUUGGGUUGUCUGUCUUUCUUACAUGAACUUUUUUUUUAAUCACUGAAAGGAGUUUAGUAUAUACAUGUAUUUGUAACUGUGAUUACGAUAGAGGCCUAUCUCUGUUUACAUGCAUAGCUUUGAGUUAGGCUAAAUACAUCAGAAGUAUUCUUCUGACCACAUAAGAAGUUAGUAUUGCCAAUCUUCACUGGGUGAGAAAAUGUGACCAACUUGGCACAAAUUCUCCCCUAGUUCCAGAAAAAUCACUAAAUGCACAUGCCCCACUGUUUGAAGAAGUGUACUAUAAAUGCACGCGUCCCACUCUUUGAAGAUCAGUGGUAUCAUCUUCCUGAAAGCAAGGCAGCAUUAUGAUACUUUAAUACAGCAUCAGCAAAUAAGUCUGAAAUAGUAACCCAUGAGUAGUCUUCAAGGCAGACUUACAGGCAGCAAAAUUAAUUAGCACACCUACCUUUAUUGAUUAUUCAACAUAAAUUCGAUCUUUAACAUGACUCUAAUAGAUAACUUUUUACAAAGCUGUUUUAAACUUUUCCAAACGUGAUGGGAAAUUUUUAAAUUUUAGAAAGAGGCCAGCUUUUAAAACAGUACAUUCCUCAAUAAAACAAUAAUAAUUGCACCUUAGUCAGAGUUGUCUGAUACAUAUGAUUGCAUCAUUUUGGCAAAUUUCAGAAGCAUUUAUUGCUUUAUCUUUAGUGUGACAAGAUCACAGAACGAAUUGUGAAUGUUCAAGUUACUUAUACAGACGUUUGUACCUAUGGCAUGAUCUAUCCAGACCUUUGCAGACAUCAGGGAAAAAAUGUGAUUUAUCGCUUCUCCAAAUGUUUGUCUUCUCAAGGACAAAGCCUGUGAAUGUACAACUGAGAUGAUUGUAUGGUUGUGUGCAGUGACUUUUCAUCUAGCCGUGUGACAGUGUGAUGCUAAGCUAAGGAAACAUAGGACUACAGCGUUUGGCGCAAGCUCACAUCCCUUGGAUGACAGUGCCUGAGGAUGUCCUUGGUGGCACUCUGACACUGCCUCAGGCACCUCUCCCUCUCUCCCUUUCUUCUCUCUUCUCCCCUCUCUUCCAUCCAACUCUUUCUCUUUUCUCUUCUUUUGUCUGAAAUUCUGAGCCUUGUAAAGGCAACAUCCCUUGUGCUGGUGACACCUGGAGCUAAAGAGAUUGCUGACUCAAAAGAAGAUGGGCCCAAGUCCGAAUCUGUUUAGUUCCUGAGUUGCUUGAUAGUAGUAAAACAAGCUAAUGGGAAAACACUGUGUGCAGUAUUCUAGUUAGCCCGUAAAGCACAUGGAAUCUGGUUAGGAGAGAUAGCCUUCAUAAAAGUGGACAUUUACCUGUAUUAUAAGAACUCACAUCCAUAUCUCUAAAAUCCUUUGAAAUAUCUCAUUUUCUUGACAAUAUUUUACGUUUUUUGAGGGAAUAAUGAGCAGAAUAUGUUGAUAUAUUUCGAGUCCUAACAGUCCUUUAAUUAGCUUUUGACUUUCUCUCUAAAAAACAUGGUAAAUACCAUUUGAUGGUUUUCAGUUUGAUUUUUCCUCCCCCCUUACUCAUUUAGGUGUGGUGUGUUGAAGCCAACUCAUACAGGCUUUCCAAUUAUUAAAUUUUCAAGAAUUUUGCAAACUUGUUAAAUACUGCCGUUAUUAAAAAUUAAAUGGCAUGCAUUUACAAUUAAGUUAUUUUAAAAACAAGAGUAAUACUCAAAAAUACCUUUUAAUUUUCUUUGCUCUUGAGAUCAUUCAGAUCUAUUGUGUCUGUAUGACAGAAAUACUGCAUAAUGAUGUACUGUUGGGCAUCUCUUUCCAAGUCAGAAGUUUAGGACUUCUUGCUGGUAAUUUGAACUUGGCGAUAGUGGGAGUACUUACAUUAUGGAAAUUAGCAAAUGUUACAAACCAGGACAUUUUCCCCCCCUAGGUUGCUGGUUGAUAAACAUUCAUCAGCACACCACAGGGUAGAAUGUACACAUUUCUUUUUUUGUAUACAAAUGUUUUGGUUACCAUGUUGCCAAAGGGAAGAACCUUUCUUUUACGUGUCUUUCUCCUAUCCCUUUAGAUUUGUUGCAGAUAUAUUGUAAGUGCUGAGUCCCUGACAGGCCCUUCAAGUAAGACUUUCUCCUUUCUUUCCUCACUCGCUGUCUUCCUUGCCUUCCCCUCUAUGAAAUCCUGUGUCCUACAGAGUGUUCCCUGCAGCCCCAAGGACUGGGGCCUAAAGCAGUUCCUGACAAACUCUGGCAGAAAGCAAGAAAAAAAGUCAGAAUUUGAUGGUGACUGUGCUGUGGUUGUUGAUAGUAUUAACAAAAUUUAGCCCUGUUUUUAGCUUGUGAAAUAGUUGGGUCACAUGUAGUAGAAUGUAUAAAAUCAAAUAUUUAUUACUCAUCAGUUUAUCUUAUCAUUACUUGUGUUUUUAAAGUAGCUUGAAAGGUGACAUUUCCAUGAGUAUUCACAUAUUAAAGAUAACUAUUAGAAGAUAAACUUACAUUUUGGGGACCGUAUAAAUCAUUGAAUUAGCCCGGGACUUCAUUUUCCUGUUUGCCCAAAGUGUGUAAGUAGAAGCUUUUCCAUAUUCCUGCACAUGAUUAACCCCUUACCAUCCAUCAUGGUGGGGCAUAAUGUAUAUAAAGUAUUUUUAUAUGUAUGCAUUUUGCCAAAUACUAUGUUUUAAGAGAUUUGGCAACAUCUGGACAACUGAUUGAAGGGAGAUAAUCUCUCCCCAGACCACCUCCUUUCCCUUUCAGACUUGUACAGGCCCAUGCUAGUGUCAUAUCACUCAUCAGGACAUGCAGCUCAUACACCAACACCCAUCCCAGCACAUGUGGAAGAUGACUUUUUAGGAGAGAAUAUGGAAGUCUAGAGAUCAUGUAACUAGUCCAGCACUACAUCUCCCCAUCUGCCUGAAGCAUGCAAUGGAAGCUCUUUUAUCCUCAUUAACACGAUUAAAUGCUUUCCUUUCAUCUUGGUAGGACAUAAUGUAAAUAAAUGUGUGUGUGUGUGUGUGUGUGUGGCCAAAUAUCUAAUUAUCUAAUGAGGUAUGUGGCUACAUCUGGACCACUGAUUGAAGGGAGAUGCACUCUCCCCUGCUCCAUUUCCCUUGUCCUUCUUAACAUUGCUGCAGGCCCAGGUUCAAUGCAGAUCACUCCCUGGAGUUGGCAGCUUAGGUCACUAACCACCAAAUUUCACAGCAUGUAUAGAAGAUAAGUCUUAGGGAAUUAGGAGCCUGGAAAUCAUUUUAUUGUUCCAGCACCAAACUCUUCAUAUACCUAAAAUGUGUAAAUGGAAGUACUUUCAUCUUCAUCAACAUGAUUAUGCCCCUUCCUUCCAUCUCGGUAGGGUAAGCUGUAUAUAAAUAUUUUGUACAUAAAGGUCACCAAAUACUUUAAGUGGUAUUUGGCUAAAGCUGGACGAGGGAUUGAAGGGAGAUGCUGUCGCCCGGUCCCUCUUCUCUGACCCCUCUUAGAGCUGCUGUGGGCCUAGUUUAGAGAAUCACUAGCCUGGAGGGGCACGGGCAGCUCGCCCAUCUUAGAGCACCAGUUCAUCUUACGAUAAAAGCCCAUCUCCAUUUAAAAACUCAGAAAUCAUCCCAAUGCCUAUACUCCUCAGAACAAUUUCCCUAAGGGAAGCUUGGUACACCAAACCAAAAGAACAGCUGCUUCUCUUCCAGACAGAAAUGUGGCCCCUGGCAGGGCACCAGCAUUAGGGAAACCAGGGUGCUCUGAAGAACUACCAUGAGAACAUUUCAGAUACUCAAACUUGAAACUGGCAUGAAGCAUCAGCAUGUUUAAAUGUGGGGUAGCUGUUUAAAUUUCCAAGAGUUUGCAGAUACUUCCUCUUGUCAGGGAUUUGAUGUACUUAGCCCUCUCCCAGGCAGUGUAAAGGAGACAGAGAAAGUGUAAGAGUUCUGGAUUAAUAUAAUUUGAUAUGUGUUUCUGGGUUUUGGAAGUAGAGUGCCUUUUUGCAAAGUGGAUACCAUCUUUUUAGUUUGAGUAUUGAUAGCAUCAGUGGAAGUGGGCAGGGGGCAGUAAGUUGUGAAUACUGGGUUCUGUGGUACGUUACCUCUACUGGGUUGGAAUUGUUUCAGCUUUUAAGUCAGGAUCCUGAAGCUUCCUUCCACUCUUCCACUAAUGAUGCAAUAAUAGCUAUUUUCAUUUUAAUGAGCAGAGAACAAAAAAGAAAUGUUUUAGCUCUGCCUUCCAGCACCAGGUUCCACUUAUUGCUCCUCACUUCAAAUAUCGCUGCCACUUACCAGACCAUCCUCAAAGCUAAAGGAUUGGGACACAGGCAAAGGCAAGGUGUGAGAACGCUUGGCAGCAUCAGGCUGAGCCCUGUGGAUAAAAAUCAUAUGAUUGGGCCUCCUGGCAACAAGCUUGAGAGAGAAGAGUACCCAGAACCUCAAAAUGUAUUUAUUGUUUUCUUGCUCCCAUCUCUAGAUUAGAUCGAAUUUUGUUUUGUUGUUCAGAAGUUAUUAAGUGGAGGGGCUGAGUGAGGUGGGGAGGAAGAUGGAAAUUAAAGGUUUCUAUCUGGUGAUGGGUAGUAAGGAGGGCACGUAUUGCAUGGUGCACUGGGUGUUAUAUGCAACUAAUGAAGCAUCAAACUUUACAUCAGAAUCUGGGGAUGUACUGUAUGAUGAUUAACAUAAUAUAAUAAAAUAAAAUUAAAAAAAAAGAAAUGCAAAAAUAAAAAAUAAAAAUAAAAUAAAGGUUUCUAUUUGCUUAAGGGGAGAAGUAAGCUCUGCUCAGCUUACCACCUUCCAUCCACCCAUAACAGUAAUGAUUAAACAUUCAGGAGAUGGAUGGAAGAAGUGUUUCAAAGUUUAAAUUUGUAACCUGGCUCUGGGUACUGUUCUGGGAAGGCCAUACACUUCGCAGAAGUCAUGCUAGUUUUGUGAUGCAUCAUUGACUUGGGAGAGGGUGAAGGAGACUGGACUUUUCUCUGACAUCUUCCAUGGUAGUCAUUUCGAGCACACUGGCUCUGCUAGUCGGUAUGGUGGAAGGGCACUGUACUAACAGACUUAGAGGCUGACCCCUAAUCCCAUCACCAACACUUAGCAGGUGUAUGAUCAUGGGCAAUUCAUUCAAUUGCCUGACAAUUAUAGACUACAUAGGGGGAAGAGCACUGGAUUUGGAGUCAAGACGCCUGGACACUUGGCUCCACACUUUCUUAGCUGAGUGACUUUGGGGCAAGCCACUUAGUCUCUCAAGCCUAAGAUUCUUCAGCUAUAUUAUAAUGGGAAUAAUAUCUUCACUAACUACCUCACAGAUUUGUGGUGAGAAAAUAAUCAGAUAAUGGGAUGAAAACACUAUACUGGAAAGGGCUAUACAAAAGUGGGAGAUCAUUUUCAUCAUCUAUUCACUAAUGUUUUCCACUGCCUCUUAAAUCUCUAUUUUCUUCUGAGCAUUGAGUAUGAGCAGUCACAGCAUGGGUAUGACAUACGUAGGGGACUGGAAUUAUUUCAUUUUUAACACAGAGACGGGAGAGGUAGUUGAUGGGUGGGUGCGUGUUGUAUACGAGUGAUAUGUGUGGUGGCGCAUUUUCCUGGGUCAUCUUGACAGUACCCCCAGGACAUGGUCAGGGCCCUUGCAGUGAGUCUAAAGCUGGACACAAGUGGGGGAGCAAACAGUGAUUAAGAAUUGAGGGGAGAGUCUGGGGCAGUGCUGCCCUCCUGCCAGGCUCUGUCACCACAGGGGUAGGCUAUGACUUGAGGUGUGACAGGAGACCUAGGAGCGAAGAUUAUCCUUAAGGCUCUAGCAGCUUUGUAACAGGCUCUAGCCCUGAUAGUGAAGGGGAGAAAGUGUCACCUGUGAGAUCAGCUCUCCCGGUCAGCAACUGCCUUGUUAUCACCAGCAACCUUAGCGUUGUCAGUAUUUUUGUGCUAAGAAGGAUAUCAAAACAUGGCGUCACGGGACCUUCCUAAGUGCGUGGAGGCAGGGAGUGUCUCAUCAAGCUUUGUGUCUUCAGUAGCGUCUAGUCAGGUGCUUUGUAUAUAUCAGGUGCUUCAUAAAUGUUGCUUGAGUUGAAUUGUCCUCCCGCCCCACAAGAAUGAUGCUCCAUUGGUCAUCAUGUGAUGUUUGGAAAACAGCACUGAUUUGGAUGCCCGCUGUGUGUGACUUUGGGCAAGACUUUCCAUCUCUCUUGAGUUCAUUUCAUCUGUAAAAUGAAGUGAGUGAAUUAGAUGCUUUCUAAGGUCCUUCCCAGCUCCCAAGCGUUACAAUAAUCCUGUGAUUCUGAAGUUUUCAUUGCCUCUGAGCAUGCGUGAGUAAUGCCUCUGUUGCAGCUCCAUCCCUCUUCAGAAGGUUUUCUAUCCAGAGGAAGAGGUCUGAACAUUCCAGACAGUUAUCUGUUCCUCUUCAGCAGUUUUUACUGUCUUCAGAAAAGGAAAACUUAAAAUAUAUAAUAUUUUCUCCUCAAAAUUGGUGGAGAAGAGGAGGAAAUGCAAAGAAGGAAACUGAACACAGUAAACACAGCAUGUUUUUCAUAGGCUUUUACUUAAAGUGUAUGUGUGCAUGCGCGUGCGUGUGUGUGUUUCUGAGCACAUAUUGAUAAUGAGAGAAGCCAAUCAGAAAUACGCUGUGCAAUUGAGACAAGCUGGCCGCGGUUUUAAAAUUUCCCAUGGGUAAUCUAAAUGUGAGUAGAUAGGAAUUGGCCAUAUGGUGAAAUGAGAUGAAUAGAAAAUGUGCUUUUUAAGGAAGUUUUAUUUUAGUACCAAACAUUGCCAGUGACAAUCUUUAGUUAAGAAUGAAAUUAUUCUGAACUAAAAUUCUUAUCUCUGUCCUUUUGGUUUAAAAAAAAGCGCUAUAUUCAUGGAAUAAUAUUGAUAUUUUAAUUAAACCUUUAUCUUAAUUCUGUUUCAUCUACUCAAGGAAAACAAGCAGCAUUUUUCAUUGCAUUUAAAAAUGUAAAAUACUUGCAUGCCACCAAUUGUAAUAUCUUACCAGUUUGGAUGCCUGUAAUGUGUGACUUUAUGUGUACCUGUAUUGUUUGAAGAGAACAAAGGAAAUAAUACUUUGUAAGCUGUUUAAACUUAUAUUGGCAACAUUUAUUUGGCUAAGCAGUUAUUGAAAAUUCACAUAGUUUCACUUUUCGUUUCGAAAGUUUUCAAAGGUAAACAUUUAUUCAUUAGGGAAUUAAAGACUAAUUUGCCUUUUAAAUGUGAAAGUGGACAUUGUGGGAAAUAAGUGUGUCAUAAAGCAAAAUGUAUGAAGUGUGAAAUCCUCUUACCCUGAAAAUUAAUAGGAAUCCAAGUGGGCACAAAUAGGUGUAAUGUUUGACCCUUUGGAAUUAGCCAGCCAGACCUAAUGCUAAGGUAAAUGUAUACUGUUUUAAUUCAUCAAGAUCUUUCUGCUUUCAAAGAUAUGAUGUAUUCAUUUAUGCCUGGAAUGAAGUUCCCAAGUGAAAAUGUACAGAACAUUAGGAAUUAAUAAACUUUCCUUUUAAAAUGGAA